GUCGCUUUUCACUCACACUCUCAACAGAGUAGUUAUAGCCGACCUAAAAUCCACUCUAUUGUGAAGGAAGUUCACCGUGGAGUUUAGUCAGCUAAGUAGUUAUCAGUCUAGAGUUAUCGGACACUCGGUGAUCAUGGGGUAGCAUCGUUUACAGUUGUUGACUGUCUAUUAAAAUAGAUGCAUGUCUCGAAGUUAUGGAAAUAUGCCUAACUUUUAACACGCAAGCAGGACUGCAUUACAUGUUUAAUUGUGCAUACACUCAGUUUGAAAUGAGCACACCUGGUCACUUCUUCAUUACACAAUCUGCUUAGUGCUUACUCUGCAAAGUUGGAAAUAACCCCUGUAUAUCUGGCAGUAGCAUGGUGUGUUUGGGACCAUGGGACGCCCUGGAACAGUUGAACAGUGAGGUCCCGUUGAUGGCAUCCCACUACUCGUGUUACAUUACAUUCCACCAGACUCCCCAUAUACUGGGGGCCUUCUGGGGUGCACAUGCUCCGAGCUUACCCAACGUUCUCCACUCUCAGAAUAGUUCUAGGUCUGCCUUGCUUGUUGACUGGACGCCCAAAGUAUUGCCCACAGCUUGUUUGCUUGUCUGUCUACUGCUAUCUGUUUGUCGACUUGUAUCUCAUCAUCAUACGAAGUGAGUGAGUGUCUCUGUCUGUCUGUCUGUGACCAUCUACCCUUGUGUCCGGUGUCCACAUGACUUCGGCCUGAAUGUCUGUGGAUGUGUGUGUGUCCCUGUGUAUCCUGGUGUGCGUCUCAGUGUGUGUGUGCGUCCUGCUGUCGGUGCUGCCCGGUCUCUCGGUGUCUGACAGCCCGUGUCCUGUCUCCGUGCAGCAUAAGCUGAAGUCUUCGCAGAGGGACAAGGUCCGGCAGUUCAUGUCCUUCACGCAGGCUGGGGAGAAGACUGCCACUUACUGCCUGACCCAGAAUGACUGGAAACUAGAGGUGGCCACAGACAACUACUUCCAGAACCCAGACCUCUACUACAAGGAAUCAAUGAAAACUCCUGUGGAGAAGAAGAAGCUGGAACAGCUCUACAACCGCUACAAAGAUCCCCAGGAUGAGAAUAAGAUUGGCAUCGAUGGCAUCCAGCAGUUCUGUGACGACCUCACCCUGGACCCGGCCAGCAUCAGUGUCUUGGUGGUGGCGUGGAAGUUCCGGGCCGCCACCCAGUGCGAGUUCAGCAAGAAGGAGUUCCUGGAUGGCAUGUCCGAACUGGGUUGCGACAGCCCAGAGAAGUUGAAGGCUCUUCUUCCCAGGUUAGAACAGGAGCUUAAAGACAGCGGCAAGUUCAAGGACUUCUACCAGUUCACAUUCAACUUCGCCAAGAACCCUGGACAGAAGGGUUUAGAUCUAGAGAUGGCUGUGGCCUACUGGAACCUGGUACUGACAGGCCGCUUUAAGUUCCUGGACCUCUGGAACAGGUUCUUAUUGGAACACCACAAACGGUCAAUUCCCAAAGACACAUGGAACCUACUCUUGGAUUUUGGCAACAUAAUCGCAGACGACAUGUCAAAUUACGACGAGGAGGGGGCGUGGCCAGUUCUCAUAGACGACUUUGUGGAAUUCGCCCGGCCGAUCGUAACGGGAUCCAAACGCAAAACCCACUAUUAACAACCCAGCUCUUGAAAGAGGGGCAGAACUUUGGUUCCUCUUCAUUGACUUUGUAGGAAUUUUUUUAUAGACUUUUUAAGAGGAAACCAGAGAAACACUUGAAACCGUGACACCGCACAACUAUCAGGUAACCCAGCUAUGAGGGAUGAGUGAGAGGAAAACACAGGAAGCAAGGCUUUAUUUCUGUACUUGUUUGAUGGGAGUCACCACGUGCACAUUACCAGCUGGCAGUACAUGUCCCAGCCUGAGGGCCAGCCGGGAAGAGGCCUUGGGGAUAUCAGUGUUCCAGGCAACGCUCCCUUUGGAAUCUCAGUAUUCCAGUGAAGAGGAGAAAAGGAGAGUUGCCUCCCCUGGCACGCUCUCUCUCUUGCUCUCUCUAUCUGCUCUCUCAGCUCUGGGAAUUCGGAUUGAACAUUUUUUGUGUGUUUUUGGGGUUGAUCCUUGUUAGUUAGCUUUGUGUGGCACGCAGGGCUCUGAGGGGACUGUUCAGAACAGGCCUUGUUUCUAACCCAAACACUUUGGGACAGACAGAGCGGCUUGCAACGUUUGCUCACGACACCAGCGUCAACAAAACUGUUACAGUUAUAUACUGUAUAUAUUAUACUGUGUCUUUUAAAACAGUAUGUACAGAGAAUUAUAUGAAGAAUAAUAUAAAUAAGUUACAUUUAUAAUUAUAAGAGUUUAAACUUUUUGUGUAAAUUAAAAAGAUCUGGUAUAUGAUGCCUCAAUAAGAUUUGAUAGAAUUGUAGGUCUGGUGUGUACCAAGUCGUCAUUUUAUUUGACAGUUUGGGUUCGAAAAUGGCAACAUUCUGUGUUUUUAGAAUCUUUUUUUGGUUCACUUUUAUAUUUGUUUAAACAAAUACAUUUCAGCCAUUGAAGUAAAUAGACCAUGCUUCCUCUAAAUGGUUGUCCCAUUCAACAUGUAUAUUAGGGAAGGGCUGUUCAUUCUGGCACGCAAGGACUGAAAUUCUGUUCUUGUUGGAGGUUUGGAUAAAUAAAAAUGAAAUGCUGUGUCUGCUGGCCAAUUAAUGACACUAAUUGAUCAAUUAAGUGUAAGGCACAAAAGACAAGCAGGACUGUGGACCUCAGUGACUGUAAAUUGUGCACUUCUGCAUUAUGUAAUUUCAACACCCCAAAAACAACCACCAAGCAGUCACUAGGGGGCACUGUUUGUCACGCAUGUGUGCGUGCGAGAGGGAGUGCUUUGGACAGGGCUUACAUGUGUUGAAAAGGACCCUGCCGCCCAUCCAUUUAGUAUUAAAGCCUUUGUGACAAGCAUUAUUUACACUAUUUGUCAUUCAAUAAUCAUACAGAUAUUGUUAGUUUGGAAAGGAAUAUUGAAUAAAGCAUGUUUUUAUCAGAAGUGAA